AUGGACAAUGAUAAGGUUGACCCUAAUUUCAAGAAAUUUAGAUAUCAGGGGUUGAUGUUUGCAUCAGAGUUGCAGAAAAUAUUCAAAGAUGUUGUGGCUUCGGGAGAGUAUAUGUAUGCACCAUCAGCCUUACAGCCCCAGUUGACACCUGUGACACAGGCUGGUACAGAAGAGGAGGAGGAUGUUUAUAGAGUUGGCCUGGACCAACAGGAAGGGUCAGGGGACAGUGAAGAUGAAAAUUUUGGAGUUGACCCAACAACCAGUGCAGGAUUCACCGAUGACUUUGCCGGUUGCAACUUAAACACCCCUGCGAGUAUUGGACCAAGUGGCUCAAGAAGCUAUGGAAAGAGGAAGAGGGGUGAGACGUUUGAUGUAAAGAAGAAGAAAAAAGUUUCAGCGUCUACUAAAAUUUCUAAUAGUCUUAGUGUUAUAGCAGCUGCUUCUGACAAGCGAGCAGCAAUACUGGUUGAAGAUCCCCAAGUAGUUGACAAGGUUUUAGCACACUUGACUACCGUUGAGGAGCUUAAUGAUGACAAUCAACUAUAUUAUGCAUGUGCCAAGAUGCUUACGCGGUUGAGGUGGGCUAGGCGAGCCUAUUUGGGGUUUAUGCAUGAUAGAAGGAAGUUGUUGGCCUGGUUAAUAUCGGCAGCACAAGAUCCGGACACAUAG